AUGCAACUCCUUCCUUUGGUCCUCGCUGCUGUCUCGCUCCAGACUGUCCUUGCAGAAUUCAACCCGCUCCAACACUCCGGACCGGCCUCUCCUUACUUUGACGCGCCGAUCGAAGACGAUGUCAGCUACGAUACCCCGGACAACUGUGUCGUCGACCAGGCCGCCUACAUCGUCCGUCACGGCGCACGGUACCCCGAGCCCGGCUCUGCCAACUACUGGAAGACGCUCGCUGCCAAGCUGAAGAACGGCACGUACACCGUCUCCGGUCCUCUCGCGUUUUUGGCGUCGUGGACCAAUCCGAUCGACGAUACUCCCCAUGAGCCGUUAUACCUGUCCUCCACCGGUGCACUGGAGGCGUUCUCGCUCGGUGUGCAACUGCGUAAGCUGUACAAGAUGACACCGGGUGGCAGCAACUUCACGCUCUGGUCCGCCGGCCAACAGCGUGUGCUGGACACUGCGACGUACUUUGCCCGGGGCUACCUCUCCCAGGGCAACUACAUCACCAACACCUCUGCCAACCGUGCGAACAUCAUCGUCCUCCCCGACUCUGUCAACUACACCUUCGCCGACUCGCUUACCUCGUCAGCCGGCUGCCCGCGCUACGCGUCAGGUGACAGGUCUGGCCCGGCGACCACCGCGUGGCGCGCCACCUGGCAAAACGCCACCAUCGCCCGUCUCAACAAGUACAUCCAGGGUCUGACCCUCGACGUCAACGACAUCGGCGGCUUCGGCGAUCUCUGCGGUUUCCUCACCGAGGUCGAUGGCGACAGCAGCUUCUGUAACACCUACACUGACUCCGAGUGGCUGAAGUACGAGUAUGCGCAUGACCUCAACUACUACUAUGGUGCUGGCCCUGGAAACCCUUACUCUGCGACUGUCGGCUACCCGUGGGUCAAGGCCAUGUCUGAUCUCUUUGCUCUCGGUCCUGGAAAGACGACUCCGGGCGGAAACAUCACUCCCCCUCCCCUCAUCAUGAGCUUCACCCACGACAACAACCUGCCGCCGAUCAUGUCUGCACUCGGCCUGUGGAACAACUCGGAUCACGAGGGGGUGUACCCGCUGUCGUUUACCAAGCCCAGCGACCGCCGCCAGUUCCGCGCCUCUCACAUCGUGUCUUUCCGAGGCUACGUUGCUCUCGAGCGUCUUUCUUGCACCGCGCACGCCCCCGGGAAGACCGUCCACCACGUGGCCAACCAGACCCUGACCCCGCAGACCAAGCAAUACGUUCGCGUCCGGGUCAACCGUGCCCCCGUCGAGAUCCCCGCAUGCCAGUCGGGCCCCGGACGCUCUUGCCCGCUCGACCAGUUCACCAAGUACAUCAACAAGGACCGGGCUGCCGUUGCCGGUGAUUUCAUCGGCACCUGUGGUCUGUCCGGUGUGGCCAACGCCACCGGCGUCAACUCUUUCUUCACUGUCGCUCCUCCCAACAUCAACAACGUCCUCGUUGGCAUCAACAACAGCUAA